CAGCCCGCCACCUGAAUCACGAGGGAAGCGGCGGCCGAGCAUCCUCCCCACCCCCGGCGCCCUCCGUCCCGCUCCAGCCGCCCGCUCUCGCACCUCCGCCCCUGCACCGCCGCUCAGCGCCGAGGACGGGGGGCUGCUCUUCGCCCGCAGAAACUUUGCACCCCCGGGUCGUGGCGGGGACCGUGGGCAUCCAAACAAUGAUUCCUCCGGGGGAAUGCCUAUAUGCUGGGAGGAAAAGGAGGAAACCCAUUCAGAAACAAAGGCCUGCAGUUGGGAAUGAAAAAUCAAAUCCUUCGAAGAGACACAGGGACCGCCUGAACGCAGAACUGGAUCAUCUGGCCAGCCUCUUGCCUUUUCCACCCGACAUCGUAUCGAAGCUGGACAAACUUUCUGUCUUGCGUCUUAGUGUCAGCUAUCUCCGAGUCAAAAGUUUCUUUCAAGCCAUUCAAGAAAAGCACUUUAAGAAGCAAGUUGGCCAAACGAUAAAAGAAGACAAUAUAUCUAACAAGACUGCUGUACAAGAAGGUGGACUUCUACUAGAAUCACUGAACGGUUUUGCGUUGGUGGUGAGUGCAGAUGGAAUGAUAUUUUAUGCGUCAUCAACGAUUGUGGACUAUCUAGGGUUUCAUCAGACUGAUGUAAUGCACCAAAACAUAUAUGAUUACAUUCACGUGGAUGAUCGCCAGGAUUUCUGCAGACAACUGCACUGGGCCAUGAAUCCUCCCCAGACGUUAUCUGGACAACAACUACAGACAGAAACAGGAGAAGAAUACAUUCUCAGUAAAUUGUUUAAAGCACAAGAGAAUGACAGCAUGACAACAGAUUAUUCUUCCUUUUUAACUCGUUGUUUCAUCUGUCGAGUUCGUUGCUUGUUGGACAGUACUUCUGGUUUCCUUACAAUGCAGUUCCAAGGCAAACUAAAGUUUCUUUUUGGACAAAGGAAGAAGUCCUCAUCAGGAACAAUAUUGCCACCUCAGCUGUCAUUAUUCUGCAUAGUGGUACCACUUCUGCUUCCUUCUGUGACAGAGAUGAAAAUGAAAAGCCUACUUGUGAAAGCAAAACACAAAGCUGAUGAUGCAGCAGCAGUGAAUACAAACUCCAGUUCCAAAAGUAAUUCAGGGCUGUGUGAAGCAGCAGAUUUAUAUGGAAGAAACAGUCAUCAUGAAGGUGCUGCUUUCACUAAUGUAUUACAGAUUGCUGAAAACCAAAUCAAAGCAAAGAAUAAUGGAGAAAAUGGCAUUUCUCUAGUCAAAGUACAAAAAAGUGAAGAUCACUGGGUCUGGGUUCAAGCCAACACUCAACUUCUGUAUCGAAGUGGUUGUUCAGAGUAUGUCCUUGCCCAACAGCAAAUGUUAAAGGAAGAAGAUGAACAACUGAAGAUACUAAGUGGUUUUGCCAGUUUGAAAGGAAACCUGGAGGGGCUUUCCUAUAACAGCGCCAUUGAAACUCUGGGACAGUGGAAGCAUCUUAACUGGACAGCAGUAAAAAACGAACAAGAUAACAUAAAAGUGAAGUUUGAGCCACAUACAAACGGUGAGUGUUUUAUGCAAGAGGAACCUCUCAGUUCCAACACAUCAGUUUUAGGUGUUCAAAACAACUGCACCACAAACAGUAGCUGGACUUUAAGAAACUCAAGCUCUUGUUCUAUGAGCCAGCGAAUGAACACAUGUUCAAACAGGAGAGCUGGAUCACUCUACAACAGAGACCAAAGCUUCUUAAACUUAGCAUCAACUUGCCCUUCCCACUGGGGGAGCGCAGAAAGCUGCCAGUCUUACUCAGGUGUACAACAGCGUUGUGCGGAGAACUAUGCAACGGACCAUCUGAAAAUGCAGAGACCAUUCAUAUCCUCAGAGUCUUUCUAUGACACAGCCUUUCCCUUGGAGAUGCCUAUCAAAACGGAAUAUGAUUCUGAUUCUGAAAACAUUGCUGAUAACUACCUGAUGUCACAAAACCGAGCCUCGGUGGAUGAGAAUGGCUCAGUGAGAAAGCAGGUGUUUAGCUACCCCAAUAGAGUACAUCUCAAAACAGAACUGGACCUCUGCGAGCCAGCCUCACCUUGUCAGAAGCCAAGGCACUGCCUUUACACACCGCAUAACUGGCAGUGCAUCGUAGCAAAUCAUCCCAACAACAUAAACCUGAACAGAUCUUGCAAGGGUUCACGUAGCAAGGAGGUGGCCCCGUUUUAUGCUCAGAACUCCUCCGGGUGUUUGGAAAGCAUGCCCGACCUGACACACACAGCAUGCUACGGCCACUUCUACAGCCCCAGCCCAGGAGAGGAGAAAGAACAGAAUAAUGAGGGGUUUAAAAUGCCGUGUGAAUUUAAAAACCCCUGCUUGGUUCAAGCAAUCAAGCGUGAACCCCUGGAUUCUCCACCAUUGUCCAGCAGUGGACAGAACAGAGUACACACGAGCUUCCCUGAAAAUACAUUAGCAGGUCCUGUGCCUCAUAAAACCACUGAAUGUACAUUUUUACAAUAGAUUUUAUAACAUUUGGAGUAUUUAUCAUGUUAAAGGCAUGAAGUUGUAGGUUCUCUUCCAGUUGGGUUAAAUAAUUUACUAAAAUUAAAAGCCAGUGCAAAGAUUUUGUGUGUGUGUGUGUGUGUGUGUGUGUGUGUGUGUGUGUAUGAGACAAAACACACAGACACACACACAUAAUAUACCCUGUACUGCCCUACUACCCUUCUCUUAGUGAUCUUUGGAAAGAAAGAAAGAUAAAACCUCAGGCAUAGAAAAAUAAUCAUUGCUCACUGCACAGGUAUACAUGCUAAUUUGUCUUUUAUCAUCUCUCCUCUCAUGUCUACAAUUUAUUGCCAAGGUCUAGCUAUUUCUGUUUCCUGCCUUUGUUCUGUUUGGUUUUCUGAAGCUGAUACGGAUGUCUCUGUGCAAACGUAAAAUGUUUAUGGUCUUCAGCGUGGCCGCUUUAUCUUAGUGCUUUUUGUAUUUUAAGUUCUUUGCUAUUCUAGUAAGAAGCAUCUGCUAUUCCUUUAUCUCAGCAUUAAACUGAUGGCAACAGGAUAGCAUUAAUUAAAACAAAUUACUUUCAUAAAAUGCAUUAGAAAUUAUUUCACUUCAAACUGAAGUUCUUCCCAAGUUUCCUUGAUAAUACUGAUGUUUUAGCAGCCAUGUUUUUCCAUUCUAAAGCCAUCAGCCUUUCAUGUUGCUGUUUGAAAGGCCGAACAAUGGAAUGUUACCCACUUCUAUGUUACCAAUGCUGUAAAAUAUACAUGAGAAAAUAUUUCCCCAAUAUUUAUUGCUGUUACUUGUAACAUUAACAAAGGAAAUGCACUUUUUAAUUUGAUAGUAUUUAUUUGAUUGAUAACAGCUUGUUAGAUAUUGUCACCUGGCAUCAAAACCAAACACCACACUAAGAUUACACAUCUUAUUUUCAAAAGCAUCCUAGUUUCAUUCACAAAAUAAAAUCUUAAUCUCUUAAACCAAGAGCUAACUGGAGGAUGCAUAUAUUUCAAAAGCACAAAGUGUUUUUGAAAACAGAUCUGAUGCUUUCCUUUGAACCCAGGCAGUCAUGCAUUUCCACCAAAAAAAAAAAAAAAGUACAACUUCUGGUUUGGUUUUUAUCGCUGUUGUAGUUUGACUCCUGCACUAACUUUUGCUUUAAAAUUGCACUAUGUCAACUUUAUAUCAACUUCACCUAUAUAAAAACCACAUCAUUUAAAAAAAAAAAAAAGGCAAAAAAAAAGCUUAGAUGUAUAUGUGCUUUUCGAAGGAAACCCUAUAAUGAAUGUUUUCUUUUCAAAAUAUUAUAAAUAAUUAUAAUGUCUUCAUUUCUGUAUCUGCUAGCCACUAAAGGCAUGGCUUUACAUGCCAGAACAGUGGCAUAAACUUCUCCCAAAUGCUAUAAAUAUGUGCGAUAAGUGUAGUUUAUGGGGAAUGUUUCUGCACCUGGGAGGCUGCUCUUCUCCAAGCCUGUCUGUCUUCUCUGAUAGAAAUUAUUGCCUGUACAUUAGAGUUGACAGAUGCAAAGAUUACAUUCUUUGCAUGUCAGUUAAGUACUUGUGAACAAUCGUGUGAUCUGAAAUGCUGCACUUUACACUGAAAUGGUACCUUUUGAUGGCUGUCCUGCAGAAGGCAGUAUUCCCAGCAAAAAGACAAGAGUCCACAGUAAAGAGGGACAAUAAUGUCUUACUGUAGCUCAAAUUAAUUCUGCCAUAGUCCAACUGACCAUACCCAAGCCAUGAAAACAUUUUUUUUUGUGUGUCUGAGAUAAAUCAGUUCCCUGUUGGCUAUGUGCUGCUUCUUACUUAAGAUAGUCUUGAUAUCCUUGCUUUAAUACUGCUGCCAGUGGGUGCAGUGCAACAUCAGACGUUCUGAAGUGAGACUACGAUGGUGGAAUUUACACAGCUCUCAGGUACACCACUGUUCACAUCACAUAAAUUCAAGCCAAAUUGCAGAAAUGCUUACAGGCAAGAAAACUGGCUACUCAUGUACAGCAGGACUGCUGAAAAGCUGCUCAUUUAAUUCCAUACUUGGACUCACUGUCACACCCCUCUCAGAGAGAGUACCUGGGCCUGGUUUGCACUACCUUGCACCUUCUCUCAUUAUUUACAUUGAUGCAAUGACCGUAAAACACUGUUGUCCUAAUCUGGGCGUGCUGGUGCCACUUUGCACAAUGUAAGUGUUUAAAUCAGGUGCAGCUCUGUAGAGGACUGUGCCACAGAAUGCCUCAUCUGUGCUUAGAAAUAUUUCCUGACAUGACUACAAUGGGACAUCUAUAUCAGCCAGAUUUCUCUCGUCAGUGUGGAACAACAUAUAUUAACAACAGAAGCUCUCUACAGAUCAUUCUGUUACAGAAUGAAGGCUAUUUUGUUAACAUAAAUAUCUACUUUAAGGCUUUCCUGGUUUACUUCAGCUGAGAUGAUUUUUCUCAUGUUUCCAACAAACACAGACAUAUUUUACACGUUAAUUGAUGUUAUAGAGGUAGAUGAAGCUUCUGCAUGUAAAAGAAUCUAAUUUAAGAGAUGUAACAGCCUUCUUCUAGGAGGAUGGAUGAACGUGUGACUCAAAAGUGUGAUGUCACCUUCUGACUCCCUACUGUGUAAAUGCAGUCAGGUUUGCUUCCUUAUUGUUCCAUAAAGUCUGAAUGCAAACACACUAGUCCUGCACAUCACAUUUGAAUUUGGCCCUGUUAAUUUAUGGCUGGGUAGUUAUUCCAUGUCUCACAUGAAAAAAUGUGGUAUCAGUGUAAUUCUCUUUAAGUUAUCACACAUAUCCAUCAAUUUCCUAAGAACUGUGCUUAUAAAGUGAUCAGCAAUUUAUCCUCUUUUUGGACAACUGCUAACCACUGUCAAUAUGUUACUAUGAUAGUAAACAAAGACCAGUUCCUUCAGUCACUCGUGUUUAGCCCUUAUCCUUAAUGAGCUGGUAUUUGUAUCCCUCAAACACAGCCCAAAAGUCUGUUUUAAGAGCCUCCAAAUGUAUUUAUUGUAACAACAAUAAAAAAGUUUUCUUGCAGAAGAAAUUCCUAGUCGAACACUUAACCUGAUAAGAACUUGGAGCACAGAGGCUCCAAGAAAUGCCUUUUUCCAGUGUGUGCUUCUAACACCUGACUGAUGACAGUAUUCAAACUUCCUAAGCCAUAAACAUGCCAGAGGUUGAGACAGAAUGAGCUAAUGAAUUCUUGUGUUCGGGGCUAUGUUUUGAUAUUCAUCCAUAUUUUUUCUAUAUGGAAGGUGAGCAGCCCUAAAAGCUCUAAAAGAAUGUGUUUCCCUCUGAAAUGUUGCUCAGUCCACAGAGAGCAGAGACUAUUAUCAAUGCUAAAGCUGCUGAAUAAGGUCUUGUCUAUACUGUGAAUGUGGCCUGAUUCAUCUGUCAGUGGACAGCUGUUGAACACCAUAAGAAUGCUAGUCCAACUGAAGUACACCAUUGUAAGCACUAUUUUUACUGAAAAACAACCUGAUUUGAGCCAAGAGUUAAACUUGUCCAGCAACAA